CGGGUGAGUGGCGAUCGCAUACAAAAGCUGCAGCCGUUCAUGGAACAAACCAGCUUUGCCAAGGCCGUUUUUGUCUGCAUCGCCCUACCAAUACCGUGUGUGCUCAUGCUAACUGCGCUGGAGGCUAUCCCUUUGGCGUCAACAACUGACGAUACGCUGGAUAACUACGCGUUUUGGCUUCGGCAUGUGUCCACUCUUAUCAGGCAUCCUAUCGAACUUUCGGUCAUUCCUACCCGAGCUGAACAUUGGGCGUUCGCAUCAGGGGUUCUGUUGUCGCUUUUCAUUGACUUUACGGUACCUUUCACGCUGCUCGUCAGUGAUCCCGGGUGGCUGUUUGUUAUCAUACCGCCAACAAUCGUGAUCUACAAGUCCCGACUUCGAUACUACCCCGAGCUCAUGUGGUGGUUUAUUCGCUGUUGGUUCAUCAUUGGAUGGCUGGCGAUACCUGUGGUGCUCUACCCGAUCUACGUGAAUGGAUUCCAUCGGCUUGGCUCAAUUGGGCAGGUUUUCUACGUUGGGCUGCUCCUAAUCAUCAAAAUGGCCGGCCGAAACGUGUUCAGCUGGCUCAUUGGCGACCGCUACGAUGUGAAGGCCGAAAUUGUGAUUUUCAACGUGGAGGUCUUCAACGCGCUCUACGUGCCCGUCGCGCUGCACAGCUCCGCGAAAUUAACCACUACGCUUACGGUCAUGGCGGUGGAUGUCGUCCAGUCGGUGGUGGCUGUACGUGACAUCGACAAGAUGAUGAGGGGAAUC